AUGUUUAAUCAGUUUAGUUCGACGUCGGAGACUCUGAGCAAAGCUUCAGCUGUGGUGCUCCGGAUCGGCACUGACGCUCAUCUUUAUGAUGAUCCAGAGGAUGUCAACAUUGCUCCACUUUUAGAUAGCAAGUUCGAAUCCGAGAAAUGUGAAGCUCUUAAACGUCUCCUUGCACUCAUCGCUCAGGGCUUUGAUGUCUCCAAUUUCUUCCCUCAGGUGGUGAAGAACGUUGCGUCACAGUCAUCGGAAGUGAAGAAGCUAGUUUACUUGUAUUUGCUUCAAUAUGCGGAAAAGCGUCCAAAUGAAGCAUUGUUAUCGAUCAACUAUUUUCAGAAGGACUUGGGGGAUCCAAACCCAUUGGUUAGGGCUUGGGCACUUCGUACAAUGGCAGGGAUUCGCUUACAUGUUAUUGCACCUCUUGCACUUGCUGCUGUGAGUAAAUGUGCUAGGGAUCCAGCUGUCUAUGUCAGAAAAUGUGCUGCAAAUGCUCUUCCUAAGUUGCAUGAUUUGCGUCUCGAAGAACAUGCUCCUGCAAUUGAAGAGAUAGUUGGGAUAUUAUUGAAUGACCAUUCUCCAGGAGUUGUUGGAGCAGCGGCAGCGGCAUUCACCUCAAUCUGUCCUAAUAACUUCGAACUGAUUAGAAAAAACUAUAAGAAGUUGUGCCAGAUUCUUCCUGACGUAGAAGAGUGGGGUCAGAUACUACUCAUUGGAACUCUUUUACGCUAUGUGGUUGCAAGGCAUGGACUUGUACGGGAAUCUUUGAUGUUGUCCCUACAUGGUAUGGAUAGUAAUGCGUUCUGUGAGAAGGAUGGCUUAGUCAGAGUUCUUACAUUGGAUAAAGAAGAUGGUGGUAAAAGUGAUUCAUUUGAUGUUAAUCUGGUCAACGUUGUAUCUAAAUGUUACAUUGAAGGUCCAGAUGAAUAUCUAUCUAGAUCUAGUUGCCCCGAUACAGUUACAUCUGCAUUCGAUAGCAAAGAGACCACAUCUAUUGCAUAUAAUGAAGAUGUUAAGAUCCUGCUUCAGUGUACAUCCCCAUUGUUAUGGAGUAAUAACAGUGCGGUUGUACUAGCAGCAGCUGGCGUUCAAUGGAUAAUGGCACCUCUAGAAGAUGUUAAAAAAAUUGUUAAACCGCUCUUGUUUUUGCUUAGGUCAUCCAGCGCCUCCAAAUAUGUGGUCCUCUGCAAUAUCCUAGUUUUCGCCAAAGCAGCCCCUUCUCUCUUUGCUCCACACUUCGAAAAUUUCUUUAUUUGUUCCUCCGAUGCAUAUCAAGUUAAAGCACAUAAGCUGGAGAUGCUUUCUCUCAUUGCUACCGCUUCAUCUAUCUCUUCAAUUUUGAGAGAGUUUGAGGAUUAUAUUAAAGAUCCGGACAGAAGAUUUGCAGCUGAUACAAUUGCAGCAAUUGGUUUGUGUGCGAAAAGACUGCCAACAAUUCCAACUACAUGUCUUGAUGGAUUGUUAGCACUAGUUCGACAAGAAUCUUUUGCUGGCGAUCCCGAGUCGGUAGAUGGAGAAGCAGGAGUGUUGGUGCAAGCCGUGAUGUCGAUUCAAACUAUCAUAGAGCGAGAUCCCGAUAGUCAUGAUAAAGUAUACACAUCUCAUUUACUGUUUGAGCAUCUGUGA